AUGUCCAGUACUACCCUCGCUUUAUCGCCCUGCGCGCCCACCACCACCACCACCAUCACCACCACCACCACCACCACCACCACCAUCACCACCACCACCACCACCACCACCUCUGUGGCUGACACCGACACCGCCGACUUUUCAUGCCCACACUGUCCACGCACAUUCACCUCACGCAUCGGCCUGAUCGGUCACUUGCGUAUCCAUCGCACUGAGACUGGCGAACCAGUGCCUGGAGCACCAACCUAUACUCACCAAGCCCGUCUCAACUGCCCACACUGCCCUCGCACUUUCAGGCACUGCAUGGGCCUAUUCGGCCACAUGCGCAUCCACGGCGACCUGCGGUAGACUACCGCCGGUUACACCAUACCACAACACCCGCCCUGCAUCCACCACCCCAUCGCACACCAAAACUCACCCACCGCAAGCACCCAACUGCCACCUCCCACGCAAGUGGUAAAUGUGCACCUCGACUCGGUUCCGAGUCUAUCCCGACACGUUAAGCGUUGUGGAUAGGAAGGUUGCUGAUUUACGUCCCACUCUGUCCACGCAGUUUGUCGUGCUGUGUGUGUGUUGUGUAGAGUGGCGGACUGGUGGGCCGGGGACGGCCUGAAGCAGCACCUUCCACGGCCCUCUCACGUAAGUGAGAGACACGCCGUUCAACCCACGUUGUGUGAAAUCCUGGUGUUUGUGUUGGGGGGCCAGGUCAAGCUCGUGGCGCGCGCAGUCAUGGUCAGUCGACCGUGCCAGCCACCGCCCCCAUUUCCCACUUCAGUCUGCUGACCGGCUCGGCUGGGCGGUCGUGCCAGCCUCCAAUCUCUGUUGUUUUAGUCAAAAUCCUGGUCCUUUGUGUGUGGACCAGGGGCUGUGGUAGAACGCCAAGGUUAGGAUCCGUCCGAGACAUCCACCUGCUGCUUCCCUCGUCUCCGGUCUUCUUGACGCUGUCUUAACAUCGGGCUCAGGUGGGGGAGGAGGAGAGUGUGUAGGUAGACGCAGCGAAAGUCUACUGGCACUAUAAACCCCUGCGCAAGUCACCGUCCCUGCUUCCACCGCUGCCGCAGCUGUGGGGCACAUGGUGGACAUCGUCGAAAUGUCGUCGAACUGUCGUCGUGUGUGUGUGUGUGUGUGUGUGUGUGUGUGGCGCAAUCUGACGGGCUAUUCUUAGACUCGUUAGCAUGCCUUCCUGAUCUCGGCAUUCUUUGGCUGACCGGUUAGGACGGUGGGUUUGUGCAUGCGAAAGUAAAGAUAAAGUAUGUUCGACUCUCAGUGGAUGCUCCUCACUAUAAACAAUAUGACGCGCCUGAGAGCGUUACGUGUCCUAAAUGCCCGUGCUUGGAAGGCUGCCGAGUGAAACGACAACUAGUUCCUCCUCCGAGGACUGAGAUUCAGUCUGCAACGGUUUCUCUUUAAUGCGGCAUAUAUGACCGUUUCGCACAUGUCAGAUUCCAGUUGCUCACUCAAUUUGUGUGAAUACACAGUGUUAUUUGCGAGAGACAGGUCGUGUGUGGUGCAUGGGGACGGCUAUUUAGGUUUGUUAACCACUUGCGCCACAUCCCUGCAUCAGAAGGCUGAUCGGUUUGGAAGGAAGAUUAGUGCAUGGGAGAGGGAAGAGCGAAUUAAGUCGUCAAGGGGAACUUUGUCCCUACUACUAUUGGGCUCAUUUCUUCACUAUAAAUAUUCAAACGAACGUUUAAACUAUAACGAUGCGCCAGAAGUGGUUGCCUAAAAGAUCACCAACUGGCGGGGUUUGACUCAGUUCUGUUCUCAAGACGGAAAAAUGAUGCUGGAAUGUUUCCACAUGCAUGUGGCCUAUACAGCUUCUCAAAUCAGAUGGCAUCCCAGGUGUUCCAGAUCCAAGCGGACCGGGCGUGUGUGGUACGCAUAAAUCGGCUCUUUAGCCUGGCCAACUGCCGCGUAUGAUCGCGCCUCCGUCAUCCUGACUCCCCUUUGCAACCAGGUCCAAGUGGGUAAGGAAGGAGAUAGUGCGGUAAACGCUGCAUACGCCCACUACCAUCAUGACCAAUAUCACGCGCAACUUAUCGUCCCUGUGACCACCAUGAUGCAGCAAAUCUGCCAAAGCCGUUGAAGGUAGAGUACGUUUGGUUACAUGCAGUCCUGGUGACAACUCUAGGCUUAGAACGAGCUGAAAAGGUUAGUAGAUAUGUCAUCAGUCUUGUCCAAUCGACAUGGUGGAACAAAACUCGCAUUGGCAUAAAAUAUGUAGUAGGAACGAAGGGCUAAUAAUAUCGGAGAACAACAAAUGAUACAACUAUGGCAAGCCUCCUGAAAAACACGAAGGAACUGUGCGACCACCCCUUUACAGCUGACCAGAUAGACUGACAACCAGCAACCAGAAAACGCCCAAAUUUGCCAACUCGAAAAUAAUUUCAAGGUCAGGCCGAUAUCAAAGUUCUUCAAUUUCCACGAAGGACACAUUAUUCAUGCUCACAAAAACAACCAAACUGAACACUUAAAUUUUAUAUUGUACAUAUCGUUCUUUCUUAAUACUUUUGCGAUUAUUUUGCCCUGGAAGCCAGGUUUAUUUUAACUGAAAACAAACUCUCAGUUCGCGCUCUAUUGACUAAACAGACAUCCAAAACAAAUGAAGUCAAAGUGCUUUCAAAAUAUAUGAGUUUGUUUUGGGUUAUUUCCUAAGUUCAAAGAGGACUGACAGUGCCAAGGGGCGCAAUAAUAAACAUAUUCAUAUUCAUACAAGGAAGGGCUAGGAUUACACGAGGGGAUAGUCCGUCCGGAUGGGGAGAUGACGCCGACAUAUCAACUAAACAACCGAUGGGGACGCAGCGCUGUGGACAUGUGCGGGAGAGAGCCGUGAAGGGUGCCGACGUUGAGAAUGAGCGAGACGAACGUUGAGGAAAGGGAGUCGUCGAUUGUGUCGGGAAGGGCACCGGCCGUUUUCAUCGUCACGCCGUCACAUCAUUUCAACCAUGGACCCGCGCUAAAAGUAUUCACACCACUUAGAUUACCAGUCCAACUCGUGGAACAGUACAACAAGAUACAUGGUGAGAACUGCUGCUCGCGAUUACCGAACUGACGCCGCUUCAUUCAAUGUAGCUCGCCGCCCACUACCUGCGGAACCGUGUGAUUGUAAGGUUUAAGAGCGUUGUCUUCUGAGGCAGUCAGAUGCAUAGUAAUAGAGUACAGACACUAUCUCUCAUUUGUUAGGAAGCAGGGGUAAUCGUGAAGAAAGUAAACGUACUACGAGGGGGACAGCGGUUGACUCGCACACCUGGUAUGGCGUAGUAUGUCCACCCUACUGGCAAUUAGGUCUGAAGGUUACAUGCGAGAAAGGAAAUAAUCAGACUAGUUAAAAAACUCCGAAUAUACUAUCUGGUCGCUCCUCGCGCUUCAGCAGGAAAGUUUUACGGAUAUAUUACUUUUUUCCAGGUCUGAUUAACCUAUUUGCUGUGGCUUCUUCAACGCGGAAUCGUUGCCUAGUUACACAUGCUUUUCAUCGUGUUGCAUAGUGCCCCAUGAGAAGUAGGGCCCUGUGCUAUUUAUUCGAAAGCCUGAAUUUGCAGCCAUUGUGUGAAUUAUCGGGUUGUAGUUUUAUUUUACUCCUUUGUCUAAAAAUCUGCCGCAAAUAUGUGGAUAUAACACGCAAUAGGUACUUCAACGAACCGAGGAAAAUUUGGAGGGGAAGCCGAGAGAAUAAGCCUGAGGUCUCAUAAUGUUCGACGUCAUUUAUAGUAGGUGUUUACUUCAGAAGAUUUGACGACUGCCUCACUCAUUCGCACACCGAAACUGACCAAGGAUGUGACAUACGUUGAUGAUUAAUAAAGACUCGUCUCAUAUGAGAGUCCGGCAUUUUUAGCUAGUUAGGUGGGUUGCUCGGGCAACUAAUGUGUUGAAUGCCUUUACAAGAUGCUCGAGCCGUUCAGUACUCCCGCAAUUUAUCCACCGGCUGCAGCGUACAGUGAUGUUCCUCCACAAUGCAACCCUCAGAUAUAUGAAAAUGAGACAAGCACAGGGUGCUUAUAUCCUUCCAACAGUGUACGUACCGGAGCUCAAAAUAGAAAAGGCGAGUGUGUUUAUCAAGCUUUCAAGUACUCCGAAGGAAAGUUCGAAGAACCGUGCACAGGUAGGAGCCAUCACGAACACAAGGGGGAUGUCAACAACAAUCAACGAAGGGGACUGCAAUGAAAAAUGAAUACGCAGUACAGUCAGAACCGAUCUGACUUUUGUCACGUUCAGACCAUUCUGCUGGAGUUCCUUUAAAAUGUUAAAUGAAACGUCCAAGGGUUACUGGUUUUUUCAUCUGCAAAUCCCAGUCUGCUAUUACUGCGCAUUCACUGAUUAUUUGAAUGCUUAAUGUUGAUCCUACGAACUUUAAAAUCACACGAUAAUCCUUUAGGGUUCUUGUGCGCGUGUGCCCAGUCGCAUUGAGUCACAGCAGAAAUUUGUAGAUUCACUUGUCAUGUUCUCGCGUUUUAUUAACAUUCUCAAAACACACCCGAAAAAAUCUAUACUGCUAGUGUCAGUGUCUGCAGGUUGCGCAAACUAUGUUAGCAAGAAAUACAGGUUAAUUGUUUUUACAUGAGGACAUUUAUAAUAUUAGUGAAGAACUCUUAAGACGCUCGCGGUGCUCCAGUUUAUCGGUUCGUGGUGUCAUACUUACUCAUGUAGCUACCAGGACUUAGGUCGUGAAAGACUUCCGAAGAGUAAUUCCCUUUACAGAGUAACAGUCUUUCUGAAUCCUUUCGCCUACCAGAGGCAAGUUAAUCGUUAA